GCUCCAAAUCAUAUCGGCACGAGUGCACGACUCUGUAUUUUUCGUUUGCAUAAUUAAAUUAUUAUUGGUUAAAAAUGUUAUAUCCAUACAGUUUGUUAAUAUAGUUUAACUACAUUUAUAUCAACUAUGUUAGUCAGUUGACUCAGUAAUUUUCAAGAAUUCUACGCAUUUAAAUUUAUAAAUAUUAUAAAAUACAUUUUCUGGUUGCCCCCCCCCCCCUCAUCGAAAUAUGCAGGACCGUUAAAAUCGUAUUUUAUUUUAUGAUUUCGAUUUAAUACGUUUCCCAUAAUCCACAGGUUAAAGACACCCAAAACAAUUAAUAACAUUACCAUAAUAUAUUACACACGAUGACACAGUGAGCAAACACGGACAAUAUUUACGGUCUAGUAGGUUUUGUGACCGUUUCGUGUGAUAAUGGUAGCAGUAGCGUUAUUAGGUGGAGGAAAUAACGCCUUUUUUUUUUUUUAAUAUUUAGCGUCUAUAAUAUAUAAUAUUGUAAUACGUGUACUUACCGAUAUACGUUUUUUGGAGGAAGUCAAAAUGGAAGGGGGUCGUCGGUAUAAUAUGUAUAUUGAAACAAGUGUUAUGGCAAUAGGCGAAACGGUAGUGAUAGGAAAUUUUUUAACACACAGCACUCGUACUUUAAUUGUCGUACAGCACAGACCACGGGAGCAGCGACACGGCACGGCAGCAAACUUCUACCUAUAUCCCGCGGGGACGGCGAAAUCUUGAACGGCACCCUCGCUAUACUGGCGUCCUUGGAUAUACUCUCCUUGGCAACUAACUAGUAUGUGACCUAAACAAAUCGUCGAUUAUUUUGUCGUAUGGCAUUUCACGAAUCGCGUUCGUUACGUUCAAACGUGCGUUAUUAUUUUUUUGCGACCAGUCAGUGGUAUAACAAUAUUAUGUCGGAAAAAGAUAUCGCCAGGCAAGUAUUACGUGGCUACAUAGAUAGAGAAAUCGACUUGGAAAACCAACUAAAAGAGAUAUUGAACAGGCGCAAGACAGUGGUGGUGGAAGAAGGAGACUUUUUUAAAAUCCGUCGAGAACAGAUGGAGAAACAGAAGAAAAUCGCAAAAAAAAGGAAUGAAACGUUUUUAAAAGAUCUCGAACACACAACUGCGAAAUUAAGAGCAUCUCUCGCUUGCGACGACCUCACCGACAAAAAGUUAGACAACGAACGCAAAAAGUUUACAGAUUAUGUCAGACAGACACGGCGAGGACAAUCUGUUUAAUACCUUCAAGGAAACUGUUUUUGACGUGUAAGCUGUGAUAUUUUAUCUACAAAUCAAUUUUUUUGUAGUAUGAAUUUAAUAAUAAUAUAAUAUGAUUCUUUCACAAACUCAAUGUAAAAUUGUAAAAACCUAUACUAUGUAACAUGUACAUAUCUAUUAUUAUAUUAUUAUUGUGUAUUUGUGUCAUUAUGAUAAGAAAUCUUUUUAGGAAAUGAAAUAAUACUUACAAAUUACGUCAUGCAAAUACGCGAUAUGAAGAAAAAUUUGUAAUCGAUUAGAAACAUAAAAGUUUCUAUUGUUGUUAUUGAUUUAUAAUGUUUCCUAGUUUUGUUUCUGUGUAGGUACAUAUAUUUAUAAAAUAUAGGUUACCUACUUGAAAGCUGAAGUUUUGCGUUGACUGUGUAAUGUUUAUAUAAUUUAACCUAAUUUCGUAGUAUUAAUAAAUUGUGAUUUAUUUAUUAUAAUACAAUAAAUAUGUCGUUCGAGUUAAUCCAAUGCGAAUAGAUCCUUAAUUUUGUAAAUUUUUUUUCUCUUCAUCAUUAUCAUGAGUUGAUCUAAUACCUAUAUAAUAUUGA